AUGGAAAGACCCGAUUUACCACCAAAAGGGGCUCCAAAGAGUGCGAGCAGCACAAGUAGAGAUGAUUGUGAAUUGCCUGAAAACAUAAACCUGCUCCCUGCCAAGGUGAUCGCACAGUUAGCAUCUGAAGAUCGAGAACACUUGAAGGACUAUGUGAUGCGUUUCGAAGACUGCAAAGACGUCGAAAAUGGCAGUUCGGAGCUGGUAAAAAGAUUAAAGUUGUUGAUGAAGGGGUUUCGCAGCACCGAGGAACGUCGUGAGCGUUUGAAACAAAGCUUGAGUGAGACCAAAGAGCUGGAAAAGGACUAUGAGACCAAUUGGACCAAAUUGAAUAACUUGAUGGCCACAACGUAUAGUGAUGAGGCCUUGGGUUUGAAAAUGAAGAAAGAGCUGGAAGACCUUGAUCACCGCGCUGCGGCGUUGGAAUCGAACCGGGGCCUGGAUAUCGAUGAUUUCAUCGCUCAAUAUUUGGAAAUCAGACAGCAGCACCAUGCCAAACGGGAAAUGCUAUGUUCUUGGCAAAAAAGCCGCUAG